UUUACUGCUGGGGUCCUCCUGGAAGGGAGCUCAGAGGCUCGGCCUCCUGCAUAGAGCAGAGCGGUGCGCAGCUCUUGGCCGAAUCCGGUCUCUUUUUGGAGUGGGGGAGCAGGAAAGAAUACAAUCAAAUGGUGCACAAAACUCCUUGGCAGAUCUGAAAGUCCCUGAAGAAAAGUUCUUGGCAGUGGCUUCCUUAUUGUCUCUGUUCAGAAAUGCAACAACUUAUACAUUAUGCUAUGAUCUGUCAACGAUUGCUGAAAAUCUGUUCUACAGACAGACUUGCCAAGAUGGACUCAUUUCUGUUUAGAGUUGUGUGGCAAAUACAAUGGAAAAAUGGCAGGAGCUGAAGAGCUAGCAGAAAGGCCCUUCCUUCCUUCCUUCCUUCCCUUUUCUCUGCCUUUCCAGUAUUUUUCUCAGAAUGGCAUGGAACAAGACACCUUCAGACAUGUUCUUUCCCUUUAAUGAGAGUAUCCAAUUCACCACCUCUGCUCAUACAUCCUUGCCAGUUUCACUCAGGAUAUUAAUGGCUAUAGUAAUGCUCCUUAUGAUUGCCAUUGGAUUCUUAGGCAACACCAUUGUCUGCUUGAUUGUUUACCAGAAGCCAGCCAUGCGUUCAGCAAUAAAUCUACUUUUAGCUACACUGGCUUUCUCUGACAUUAUGUUGUCUUUAGUCUGCAUGCCAUUUACUGCUGUCACCAUUAUUACAGUAAACUGGAAUUUUGGAGCUCACUUCUGCCGCAUAUCCGCCAUGCUUUACUGGUUUUUUGUCUUGGAAGGGGUCUUAAUACUCUCAAUUAUUAGUGUGGAUAGAUUCCUCAUUAUUGUCCAGCACCAAGACAAGCUGAACCCCCAUCGUGCCAAAAUUGUGAUAGCUGUAUCGUGGGUCUUCUCGUUUUGUAUCUCCUUCCCUUCUGUUGUUGGGUUGACAUUUGUGGAAGUGCCAAGCAGGGCUCCCCAGUGUGUCCUUGGAUACACCAAGUUCCCUUCAGACCGAGCUUAUGCAGUGAUGCUGCUUGUGGCCACUUUCUUUGUCCCUUUUGGCAUUAUGUUGUAUUCUUAUCUUUGCAUCCUGAACACUGUCCGUCAGAACACAGUCCGGAUCCACAACCACGCUGAGAACAUCUGCCUCAGCCAGGUGAGCAGGCUAAGUCUAGUAGGACUGCAAAAGCCUCACCACAUUGAUGUAGACAUGAGCUUCAAAACUAGGGCAUUCACUACCAUCUUUAUUCUGUUCGUUGGCUUUUCCCUAUGCUGGCUUCCGUACACAGUCUUUAGCCUGAUGUCUGUCUUCAGCCAACGGUUCUAUUACAGCCCCUCUUUCUAUAUCAUUAGCACUUACGUACUGUGGCUGAGUUACCUCAAGUCCGUUUUCAACCCCAUCAUCUACUGCUGGAGGAUCAAGAAAUUCCGUGAGUCCUGUCUGGAGUUCAUGCCAAAAACACUUAAAAUCUUUCCUCAAGUGCCUGGACGGACAAAACGGAAAAUAAGGCCAAGCACAAUAUAUAUCUGCAGUAAUCCCCCAUCUGGAGUUUAGAAAUAAACCAUAAUCAUUAAUGUAUUAGAAAGGAAAAUGUGGAAUGAAUUCAAGUUGUGGUUUAAUGGACUCUAGGUAGUUCAUCCUGGUAAAAGAAAUCCUGGCUCAGCACCUAUCAGUUUUGAAAUUAGAAAUAUUUCUUCUAAUACUGCCUUUAAUAGUGUUAAUACUGUCUAUAGUACUGUUUUAUGAAUUAGCUAUGCACCCAGAUAGUUGGGGGCAAUAUGCUGACUCUGUAAACCACUUAGAGGGCUGUAAAGCACUAUGAAGCGGUAUGUAAGUGUUAUUGCUAUCAUAUUUGAGGAUUGUCUGUGUUUCAAGUUGAAUUACAGCACAUUAUUAUUAUUAUUAUUAUUAAUAUUAUUACUAUUAUUAUUAGCACAUUAUGCUAAGUGUGGUUUUAUCAAAUCUACUGCCAAUAACAACACUGCUUUUGUAAUUUUAUGUUCUUCCAGUUAAAAAAAUAAACAUCAACAUGUCUGCUUUUUUA